AUGCAUUCUUCAUUACAGAUUGUUUAAAACACAUUUACAUGUAUUUUAUCAUAGUAAAAAGAUACAGGCACGACGUACAACUUUUAUCUAAUUUGAAGUGAGCCACACAGAUUUUUAUAAACGAAAAAAAAAAAGUUCAAAUCACAUAACAUGACAGCAGAUAUGUGGCGGUCAAACAAGUAUUACAAGUGUGUAUAUGAUACCAUUGAGGAUGCCUCUGAUGAUCUUCGCACACUCAGCUUAAAGAUUCAUGACAACCCUGAAACUGGUCUUAAAGAGUUCAAAUCGCAUGCUUGGUUGACAGAGUACUUGGCUAGCAAAGGGUUUACUGUCGAGCAGGGAAAAUCCGGUCUUCAGACUGCUUUUAUAGCUCGUGCUGGAGACAAGUCAGGCGGAGUAACAAUCGGUAUUUGCUCAGAGUAUGAUGCGCUUCCGGGGAUCGGUCAUGCUUGUGGGCACAACUUGAUUGCCAUCUCUGGUAUUGCUACAGCUUUGGCAAUCAAGGCUGUAAUCGAGAAAUUCAAUCUACCAGCCCAGAUCAAAUUAUUUGGCACACCCUCUGAGGAACACGAUGCAGGCAAGAUUACUAUGCUGGAUGCAGGCGAUUUCGAGGGUGUAGAUGUCUGUAUGAUGUUGCACGGCGCUCCUUCGGAUAUAAUCUAUACUCCGUUCUUGUCACUAAAUGUCGCGAUAGUGGAGUACUUUGGCAAGGCCUCGCAUGCAUCGACGACGCCAUGGGAAGGUAUCAAUGCUUUGGAUGCAGCCAUGGAGGUGUAUACCAAUAUUGGCCUCAUGCGUCAACAGAUACGGCCGGAUUGCCGUGUCCAUGGCAUCAUUGAGAACGGUGGCCAAGCAGCCAACAUUAUCCCGGAGUAUACCAGGAGUAUUUAUAUUGCACGAGCACCCAAGACAUCACAGGUUGAGGAAUUGAUGAUCAAGUUUGAAAAAGUCUUUAAAGCCGCCGCUGAUUCUACAGGGUGUAAAUUGAAAAUCACUUGGAGACAUCUUAUUAAAGAUAUUUUAACAAAUGGGCAAUUGAGCGGCAAGUUCGAGCAGGUAAUGAACAGCUUCGGUGUCAAGUAUGCCCCGAAAGAGGAGCAGCGGUCCAAGCUCUCGGGCUCAACCGAUAUGGGUAACCUAACCUACGCAAUGCCGGGCAUCCAUCCCAUGUUCAACAUUCUGAACCUCAAGGGUGUUGAUGAUAUGCGCGUGGGGCUACAUACUAAAGAGUUUGAGGCAGCAGCAGCAUUACCUACAGCACAUGUUGCAACGCUGAGAGCAUCCAAGGCUUUAGCCAUGACAGGCAUCGAGUGUAUUAUUGAUCCUAAAUUUUUGCAACGUGUCAAAGAAGAAUUCAAACAGAGUGUGUGAGAGUUACCAAAAACAAAUAAAUCAGCCACUCCAUCAAUUCA